AUACAAGCAUGAACUAUCCAACUGUUUGCUAAUAUGCGGGACGCGCUGAUUUGGCGCCAAUUCAUUCUACAUCGUAAUCGAAUUUCACUUAUAAUUGACAGUUGCUACGCUGUGAAUAAUCUCGUCUACAAAUCUUUACAGUCAAUGGGAAAGCUGGGAAGCUGUUCAAGCCAUGGAAGAUUUCGUCUUUCCUCUCCCGGUCCCGAUUCAGAUACAGAAUUCUUGUCGGUUUCCGAUGAUCCGCAGAUUCAUCUGUUAAUCGAUUUCAAUGAAUCUAAGCUUGCUCGCAUGACACCGGAACUCGAGAAUAAAAUUCUUGACGAUUCGAUCGUUUCGCUUGGUGUCGAAGUUGUUGUGUAUCAGAGCAACCUGAGGCAAUUUCACUGUACUGGAUAACGCUUGAGUAGCUCCAAAAUCUUUUAAAGUCCCGAGACAGGUGACUGUGGUCCAAGGUCCUAAGUUCGUCAAUGUGUAAUUUUGACUAGGUUGACAUUUGUGGUUCAAAAUGGAUUUUUAUUUUAUUUUAAAUGGUUCCAAAUAAAACGUUAAAAGUGAAAUAAUUUUAUUUUUAAUAACCAAAGAAAAUUAGCAAUAAUUCUUUUGUGCAACUGUCGCUUUGAAUUUCAUUCCGAUCUCCACCACCAGAUGUCACUGCCGUAGAUAUUUCUAAAAAAUUUAAUAACCGAGAUAUUUCUCGACGAGAAAUAUU